CGUAGUCUCUGUAAAGAGGAGAAAUGGAUUUCAGCAGUAGCGGAGGUGCCGGAGGUGCCAGUUCGGGCGGAGGCAGCAAGAAUUACAACGUGACGACGAGUCUUCAUCACCACCACCAUCAGCAGAUUCACCACAGUGGCAGCAGCAACCACAAUAACUCGUCCGGCGUAGCGUCUCAUCUCAACUCUGCCCACCAUGCCGCGUCGCAUCAGCACCAUUCCGGCGGAGGGAACAUCAGUCCUCCGCAGUCGCAUCAUCAGCUCGGCCAUCAACUGGCCGCCCAGGGAUCGACCGCCGCUUCCACCGCCGCCGCCACUACCGUCGUCAAAUCGGAAGAAACGGUCACCGCCACCAACAACAAUAACAACAACAACAACAUGGCGACGUCCUCGACGACUUCCGCCUCGCAACAACAGCAACAACAAACAGCGGCCCAGCAACUGGCAACGGCCGGUUUUGGUGUCAGCGCAGCCGGUGUCAACCUCUCGGUCAAUAUCGGCGUUAACAUCACUGGAGUCACACCGGAAUCCGCAGCCGCUCCUUGGGCCACCGCCGCCGCCGCCUACACAUCCAGAUUCCCGACGUUCGCCAACCCGACGACUUUGGAACAAUUGAAGCAAAGCAUCGAGCAACAGGCGCAACAACAUCAUCAACGAAAUGGCGGAGUCAAGAAUUUUCUGGGUGGAUCGGGUCCUGGUGGCCAUCACCAUCUGUCCGGACACUCUUCAGCUACUCUCGGCUCAUCCGUGUCUUCGGGGUCCAUGGUCGGAUCGUCCGGACAUCAUCACCACCACCAUCAGACAUCGGGGACGCUGGUUGGGGGUCCGUCGCAUCACCAUCACUCUGUCCAUCAUCACCACCAUCAUCAAAACUACCACGCCGGAGUAGCUGUCACGACCUCGACGGGCGGACAUCACCACAAUCCGGCCAGCACGGCCACGUCUCAUUUCGCUGCCGGGUUCGCAGCGGCCGCGGUGGCCGCCGCCGCCGUCGGUUCGUUGCAGCAACACGAAUCCGCCAACUCUGCUGGAUCCGGAUCUCAGCAGAAUGGCCUCCAUCUCUCGACGACGAGUUCUUCCAAAAUCGCCAGCUCAUCCGCCCUGGUCGUUGCCUCGAGCAACGCUGAAAAACGCAACAAUCAAAGGAAUAAGUCGGAGCAGUUGCAGCAACAACAACAGCAACAACAGCAGCAGCAGCAAUCGAGUCCUUCGCAUCAGUCGAGAACAUCGCCCGAUUUCGAAUCCACUUACAAGUCGGCCUGGACUUCUCCCACCGCUUCACAGGCGUCCGGUUAUGGAUCUCACAAUACUUCGUCGUCGACUGCGCUCACGGUGGCCAAGACGACGACCAGCACGUCCACCGACAGCCAACACCUGCGUCAAUCAGAUCCCUAUCAAAUGUUUGGCGCCACCAGCAGCCGGUUGGCCAGCUCAGGUUCGGGACAGAUCCAGCUGUGGCAGUUCCUACUUGAGCUGCUGUCCGACUCGUCGAACGCGGCCUGCAUCACCUGGGAGGGCACCAACGGCGAGUUCAAACUGACCGAUCCCGACGAAGUGGCCAGACGUUGGGGCGAACGCAAAUCCAAACCCAACAUGAACUACGACAAACUCAGCCGGGCUCUACGUUAUUAUUACGACAAGAACAUCAUGAGCAAAGUGCACGGCAAACGCUACGCCUACAAGUUUGAUUUCCAAGGGCUGGCGGCGGCAACUCAGCCGACGCCCACCGAUCCGGCCUAUAAAUACCAAUCGGACUUGUUCAUGACGUCCUAUCACGCCGCCGGAUCCAAGUUCAAUCUGGUCGGCGCUCACUCGGCCAUGAGCUCAUCUCCAGACGUGUGUUUCAAUGUUGGCGCCAUCUUCCCACCACCGUCGCCCUACUGGUCAACCAACCCCGGUGGCAAUCUCAGCGCAGCAAACCUCUACUCCAAUAUGCCCAUGAGCGCUGGCCACGCCCUGCAGCACCACCAUCAUCACCACCCAAGUCACGUCACUUCCCACCUCGGAUCCUAUCCGCACUACGCUUGAAACAAAGUUCUGAAAAUCCACCGACAAAAUAGGAGAAACGAACGACUUUAUAUUUUAAAACAACUGUAAAACAGAAAACCCCCGUACCGGUAUUGUAAUUUCUACUAUACAGCAGUCAAAGUAUUAUAUACCCUUUUAAAAAUACCAAAAUUUGUUUCCCCGCUUGCCAUCAGCUUUGAUGUAACACUUUUCUGGUGCUGAAUGUCGGAUGAGGACAUCCAUUUGUGUGGGUACUGCGCAGACGAUUUAAUUUGGAGAUAAACCUCCUCAUUAUUAUCUGCAACUUCAUGUUAUUGGAUGCCCGUGUGUAUGUGUGUGUACAUAGCAAAUGGCAACGGUCAUUUUGGAUGUGAAUUCGACGUACACUGUAACUUACGUAUAGGCCUAAACACCACACCGUCUUGUGGCGGCCGACUGUUUGUAUUUUUCAUUCGAUUCACCCCCCAAGUUUUCUCCCUUUGCUGUUCCAGUUUGUUCAACCGGGUGUACAUAGUUGAUUCCCUUAAUUCCACAGUCGAUUCCUCCAUGGUUUUUAAUCCCAUUUUUCGAUCUCUGAACGCAAAGUCAUCGUGAAUCAACCAGAAGAGUACCACAAUGCAGUUUCUUAGCAGAGAACAACACCAGCCAUCAAAGACUUUCUGAAUCUAAAUCUUCUAAAUGAUUGUCCUGAAUUUUAAAUAACUAGUCGUAAAAUGUUAAUUAUGGGGGAAAAAAUGGAAUAUCUAUUUAGGCCUAUACACAUACACAGUGUGUUCUAUUUUCUGAUCGAUGAAGAUUCAAGGUUCACCGUACUCGGUUUCUAAUCCUCUUUUGUUGAACCCGAUUGUUUGUGUACACAUCCGCUUGAUUUAUUCCUCAACCGUGCGUAUGUAUUUAGAGGGACCAGGAAGCUCGUUCCGAUUUCCCCCAAAUCGGUUCUCUCAGUAUCUCUCUCUCUCUCUCUCUCGGUACUCUAUUAUAUACUCUUAUACACUUCGAUCUCAUUAUUGUAUAAUCUAGUCCUGUUUAGUCACGUCGAAAUCUUAUUUAACCGUUCUUGUCUCUAACCAAUUGAACAGUUUCAGUUGUUCCCUUGCCUCCCCGCCGCCCACUUUUCUGCGUGUCUAGUCAUAUUUUUGUAGUAGACUAUAUCGGUAAUGCUGUUUUCAUCAUCUUUCACCACCCCGUUUGAUUUCGUUCGGUUUACAAACUCUCGUUUUUCUCAUUAAUUAUUAUGUAAUCAAGGCGAUUUAUUAUAUUACACACAAGACAAGAUCAAAACAA